UCCUGAUGCCCCUUCUUUUAAAAAGCUCCUGUCUCCAACCCACAUGAGGAGGAGACACGGUGAGACUCUGCAGGACCGGCAGCAUCACCCACACCUGAGGAUCUGAAGCCCACUUACCCUGACCAAGUGCUGCAGAACCAGUUGUUUGCUUCUUCUCCAUCUUGUCUCCGUGCCGACGCCGUGACCACUCCAUCAGCACAAUGUUGGAAUUAACUAAGCUGCCACUACUGCUCUCCUUUCUGGCCUCAGUGGCUCUAGGUCAAGGAUUAUUAAGGACCAGGAAUCCAUCAGACAGGAGCAAAAGAGUGGUUUUCAAUACAUUCACGGACUCACAAACAACAGGUGUGACUGAGUGGACAUCUUGGUUUAACAUCGACCAUCCUGGUGGGAAUGGAGACUACGAGCGCCUGGAAGCAAUUCGUUUCUACUACAGAGAGAGGGUUUGUGCUCGGCCCACUGCCAUGGAGGCCCGCACCACAGACUGGGUGGCAGCUGCAGACACUGGUGAAGUGGUCCACUCCAGUUUGGAGAAGGGCUUCUGGUGCAUCAACAAAGAACAGCCGUACGGCCGAGUCUGUUCCAACUAUCAUGUUCGCUUUCAGUGUCCUCCAGUGCAGAGCUACUGGACCGACUGGAGUGAGUGGGGUCCCUGCUCCACCACGGCUUGCAAUGACGUGGGAAUCCAAGUUCGGCAGAGGAAAUGCGUGAGCGCUCAGCCUAUGCCACUUUUGUUCGUACCAGCAUGUAUAGGACACCAUGCAGAGAGGAGGGAGUGCUCCACUCCACCAUGCACAGCCAAGUGGAGUCCUUGGGGCCCCUGGGGGAGUUGUUCAGUAACUUGUGGUGGAGGUCGCAGGACAAGGAGAAGAACCUGUGUGAGAGCCUCAGAGAUGGUGCAGUGUCCAGGACGACCUGCUGAGGUCCAGAAAUGCGGAAGAAGUCGAUGUCCUACCACAUGCAAGCUGAAGUGCUCCGAAGGCCAACCCAGUGAGGACUGCAGCCUGUGUGUGUGUGAAGGCCACAUGCUGUUCGGAGACAUCCAAACUGUGACCGGAGUCCCUCUGGCAGGGGCCAGCGUGGCUCUGACCAGCCACCCUAAAGUGAUCCGAACUCUGACCGACACGAAAGGGCAGUUCACACUAUCAGGAGUCUGCUCCUCCACCUCCACCUCCAUUGCCAUCAACAAAGAGAAGUUUGUGCCAGUGGUCGUCUCUACUUCCAGUAACGCUACAGGGGUUUCCUGGCUACGGGCUGUCCUCACGUCAGCUGAAAAGCCAUACAUCGUGAAGCACCCAGAAGACAAAGUGCGUUACGAGGGAGGAAGGGCGCUGUUGUGCUGCUCUGCUACAGGAUCACCAGCUCCGGACAAAUACUACUGGUACCACAAUGGGACAUUGCUGGAUAAGAACAUGUAUAAGUAUGGAAACGACCUUGUGCUACGAGACCUGAAGCUAGAGCAGUCCGGGGAGUACUACUGCAAAACCAGCAACGCUGCAGGCAGCAUCAAGUCGUCCCCAGCUCACCUCACUGUGAUUGCUAACGGAUCACCAGCAUGCAAUGCCACUCCUGAAAUGCACCUCAUCAGAUUACCAAUGGACUGCGUUCAACCUGGCACUCACUCCAAGUACUACAAUGCUGGUCGAUGCUCUCACAACAAAUGCCCGGGAUCCCUCGACUUUGACAUGCGGUGCAGAGACGGAGCUGGAUUCUGCUGUGGUGUCCAGGAAAUGGAGAGCCGAAACAUUGACUGUGGUACCUACAAACUCCCCAUACGAGCGGUGAAACAGUGCAGUUGUCACAAGUGUGUGCAACCUACCGUGCUGGUUCGUGGCCGAGUUGUGGCAGCUGACAAUGAUGAGCCUCUGCGAUUUGGGCAUAUUUAUAUUGGUAAAGAUAGAGUAGGCACCACAGGAUACCAGGGAGGGUUUACAUUGCAAAUUACUCCAGAUACACAAAGACUGGUGGUAAAUUUUGUCGAUCCUUCUCAAACGUACAUUGACACUCCAAAGGUGUUCAUUUUUGACAAGAAAAGUGGCUCCAUCUAUCAUAAUGUGAAAGUGAUGAGAAAGCAGACACCAGUUGAUAUAAAUCCACGAGAGACCAAUUUUAUAGACCUUGGGGAAAUUAAAGGGGAAGAUCCAAUAGGGCAGCUGGUCAUUCCACCCCACUCCUUCCAUAAAGACAAUGGAGAAAUCUAUGAGGGCACAGUGAAAGCCAGCGUCACAUUUAUUGAUCCAAGAAACAUAACGACUGCAGCAGCAGCCCCUGGUGACCUCAACUUUGUGGAUGAAGAGGGUGACAUGCUGCCAUUAAGGACCUACGGCAUGUUUUCUGUUGACUUUAGAGAUGAGACCAGCAAGGAGGUUCUUGGGACAGGAGCAGUCCAAGUUCUCCUUGACACGCAGCAUGUUAAAAUGCAAGAGCACAUUCCCACAAUGAAGCUGUGGUCUUUAAACCCAGAUACUGGUGUCUGGGAGGAAGAGAGUGAUUUCUCCUACAGCACGACAACUACUGGUGGUCAUGGACGAAGCAAACGUGAGGAGCGCACCUUUCUAAUAGGCAACAUGGAGAUCAGAGAACGUAGGCUCUUCAAUUUAGACGUGCCUGAAAACAGGCGCUGUUAUGUCAAAGUGCGUGCCUACAUGAGUGAAAAGUUCCUUCCUACUGAACAAUUGGAGGGAGUUGUUAUCAGUUUGAUAAACUUGGAACCCAAACCUGGUUAUUCAUCUAAUCCCAGAGCCUGGGGUCGGUUUGACAGCGUCUUAACCGGACCCAACGGGGCUUGUUUGCCUGCUUUUUGUGAUGCCAUGAGACCGGAUGCUUACACUGCUUAUGUCACAGCCAUACUAGGUGGAGAGGAGCUGGAAGCAGCUCCGUCUUCCCCUAAGAUGAAUCCAAACAUCAUUGGAGUUUCCCAACCUUAUCUAGAUAAGUUAGACUACCAGCGUUCUGAUCAUGAGGAUCCAGCUCUAAAGAAAACUGCAUUCAGAAUUAAUUUGGCAAAGCCUAACCAGAACAAUUUUGAUGAGACAAACGGGCCAAUAUACCCUUAUCAGAAUUUAUUAGCUUGUGAAAAUGCUCCUGUGGACUCAAACCAUUUCAGAUUUUUCAGAGUGGAAAAGGACAAGUAUGAAUACAAUGUUGUUCCUUUUGAGGAGAAUGACUUGACGACCUGGACGGGAGACUACCUCUCUUGGUGGCCUAACCCCCAGGAGUUUAGAGCAUGCUUCAUCAAAGUCAAGAUUCACGGCCAGAAGGAAGUGAUGGUCCGGUCAAGGAAUCUGGGAGGAACACAUCCAGAGACGAGGGGCAAACUUUAUGGUAUUAGAGACAUUCGCAGUACCCGUGACAUGCGAGAGGCUAACACCUCAGCUGCAUGUGUUGAGUUCAAAUGUAGUGGUAUGUUGUUUGAUCAAGCGGAGGUGGACAGAUCACUCAUAUCGUUGAUUCCACAAGGUAGCUGUCGAAGGAUUAGUACCAAUGGCCUUCUACAGGAGUAUCUCAUUAAACAUCCGCCAGUUGCUCAAAACAACGAAUCACAUGCAUUCACCAUGUUAGCCCCCGUUGAUCCAUUAGGACACAACUAUGGCAUCUACACAGUCACAGACCAGAAUCCCAGAGUUGCCAAAGAGAUCGCCAUUGGCCGUUGCUUUGAUGGCACCUCUGAUGGUUUCUCAAGAGAGAUGAAGUCAGACUUUGGUGUGGCACUGACCUUUAGCUGUCCAGAGAAAAAAAUUAACAGAGAAAGCCUCUUCCAGCGUUUGCAGACCAAUCCGGGUCAAACAUUGUCUCAGAUGGCAAGGGACAUGAGGGAAAUGGAGGGUCUGCAGGUGCAGAGAUCAUCAACCCAGGUCGUGGCUUUUCCUUCAGAGCAGCGGGGAAGGACCCAAAGUCGCCGAGCUAGUUCUGCAACCAGAAGGAGAGCAUCCAUGAGAGCACAACAGCGCCAAUAGAUGUGUCUUGAAAUGGGUUAUCUAUGUUUACCAUGAUGGUAAUGUUGAAAUGGUCAAUGCCUUCUUUUUUAAUUCCUUGCACACUAGUGAAGACUAAUUUGAAGGGCCUACAUCUAGACAGUAACGGUUGCCUGUCUAAUCAAAAGUAUGACUUGCUUCCUGACAGAAGAAAAUAAAAAACAAAUGAAAAGACUGAGACAUAUGGGCAAAAUCUAGUGUAGAUCAUUUGUCUUAUAGUAACUUGAAUGUUUUGGUUUUUUAAAAUUUUGUUUCAUUUCUCUUAUAAAAGGUAAAUAUCACUUGACUCUUCAUAACUUAGUGCCUUGUAUUUAUUUUUUGCCUGAGUUCUAAUUUUAUGAAUGAAUAUGCAAUAUUAACAGUGGACCUAAAAACUUUGUGGGAUUUUAUUUCACAGACAUCUUUCGAUGCUUGAUCUAAACCCAAACUUUCAAAUAUAAAUACUUUAGAAAACCAAAAUACUUCAUAACUGUAAGCUGCCAAGGCACUCAUACUUUCAAGAUCCAACUUACGGUCUUUGCUGACAGAUACUGGGCCUGUUUUCCACACAUUUGUAAACUCUUUCCACCGAUAGAAGGUCAGUUCAAAUCAGUGUGAUAUGGCAUGCCAAGAUAGGUAAGAAGGACCAUUUUAGACAUACUCAAUAACAUUUCACCAAAAGUAAUUCAGCCAAAUGUUUGUCACAUUUGUCCCUACUUCAAAUGUACCAGACCACAGUUGUCACUUAGACAAACAUGGAUGUCAUUAGACUAACUUCCUAUGCACAUUCCAGAUAAACAUAAAAACAAACUAAAUAUAAUCUAAACAAUUAAUUUGUAUUCCUUUCCUCUUACAGUAAAAGACUUAAACAAGUUUUGCAUGGUCUUUGAUUUGUUGCUGGGGUUUUUGAGCUGUCCUAAUGUUUGAAGUGUGAUAGUGAUAACGAAACAUCAAAACUGGAAAAAUUUCCCAUGUUUUAAAUCACAGCACACUGUGUUAAGUUAGUAGGUAAAUAAAACCACUCCAAGAGUAUAAUUAAAAGUUAAUGAAUCCUUAAGAAAACUAAUAUCAAAUAACUGGACAUAAAGAUAGAAUAAUUAAAUAAGGCACAAUAUUUUGUUUAUUCAGUUAGUAUCUUUUUUUUCAGCUUUGAAUCUGAGUAUUUUUUAUGCAGCUUUCUUCUAUCAACAAGCAGUUCGAGAACAGUAAAAACUCAAUAUUUUUUCAUUGUAAUUAACUGUCUUUUUUCUUAAUAGGAAUAACUAAACUACAUUGAAAAAUGUUGUGAACCAACUAAUCAACAAGACAAAUCAAAUUAAAAUGUGCUAACAGUAGCAUAGCUUUAAAAGAAUCUUAGUACUAGGAGCAACACAUGACUUUUCUGGAGGUCAUUUAACUAUGGUUCUGCAAAUAAAGGUUUUUCCAGAGCUUAAUAGAAAAGGUUCAAAUAAAUGUUAACAUACUGUUAUUUAAUAAACAGAUUCCCAACUUUUUUUAAAACUGAUCCUCCUUUUAGUUGUUUUAUGCCGGCAGAAAUAAAUUAUUGAACCUUUAAAUCUAAACCUGCCACGGACAUUAAUACUCUUGGGCUUAACUUUUUAUUGUAUGAACGUUAUUAUAUUUAAAGAUGUAAUGAGACUGGAACUUGGUAUCAACAAAUGCAUCUUCCUAUGUGACUGUGAUCAGUGUCAGGGACAAAAAUAUUGAAUAUUCAUAUAAAAAAGUGACAAAAUAGUUUUAUAGUUACAGAGCAACUGUUCGUGGUUCACAAAAAAUAGCUUUGAACUGCAGCUCAGUCCUGCAGGCCAGUUGAAUGGGAUUUCUUCAAUGGAGCUUCUUGAAGGAUACAUUAGCUUUAAAAUAACUAGCUUAAGCAUGUAGUGUGUCUGUACAGCUUGGCAAAACUUGCAUUAUACUUUUUUUUACAUAAAUGAUGAUGUUUGAAUCUUAGUCUUUUUGAAUUUGCCAAUAUGUUCAUACUCAGCCUAUGUUGUUUUGUCCACUUGAAGCUCUUGGAUAUUUUGCAUCAGAGUUUCAUUUCAUUGGUAAGGCUCACAAUUCUCAGUAGACCAUUUAUCUGUUUAAGAAGAACAUUGCAUUGCUGAAACAAAAUAAAACAAAAAAUUCACUUUGGUCAUGGUGUAAGUAAAUUUUGUGCAAGACAAACACAUUUGGAGGCUUUGGGCAUGGAAGCUUUUUGACAAAUAUCUUUUUAACUUGGAGUCAUUAUCAGUCUUAAAAUUACGUGGAAAUACAAGCCCAGAACUUGUUUAUCAUUAGUUUAGCCUUUUGCAAGCCCAUGGGAUAAUCUAUUCAAGCUGAACUAAUUUGCACCCAAAUAGAAAUGGGAGCACCAUUGCCCUUGGGGAAACAGGAAGAAGUCGACAAGUAAAUACAGGCUUAAUGUUAAUUAGAAACUAGGAAUGGCCUGAGGUCUAGGUUGUAGUUUUGCAAACAUCUAAACAUGGUAAUUUUCUGCAAACUAACUCAAACUCAACUUUAUCACCAACAAAAACCCAUUUGUUUGUUGUCAGUUUUGGUAUUACAUUUACACAUGCAACAGACUGAUAUAAGAUGUUUUGAAAAUGGGCUAUAAAGAGUCUAUCUAAAUUACAACCAUAUAAACCUACAGAUACAUUUGCCAGCGCUUUACAGAUAGCCCUCGUUUCCUGAACUGCACUCUCGGUGACAGUCUGGGGCAUCUUCGCCAUUAUCACCGCUCUCACUAACCACAAACCUGUUUGCAGAAAGAUGUUAAGACCCACAGAUGAAGACAAAAAUCUCCCAGCUCCAGAUGCUCGGUUUACCCAGUAACAGAGAUGAUAAUUGAAUCCAUGUGUGAAAAUAGAUAAGUCUUCUAAUGCAGUGGUGUCAGGUCAGUUGAGGCCACUCAACAGAUGUACUGCAAAUAAAGGAAAUGUCAAACUUUAGACUUCAAAAAAGAAAAUAGAAGUGAGAUUAUCUCCUGAUGGAUUCAAUCAUUUCGUUCUCUUAUCGAAAAGGGGAAUGUUGUCUUUGGUCUCACUGUCUGUCUCUUAAAGGAUCCCGAUUUUGAAGUUUGUGGUUACAGCUGAAGAAUGCAGCUGCUUUUUUUUUUUUUUAAAUACUUUCAAAGGACAAUUUGCUUUGUCAAAAGAUAUUAUCCUGGAAAAAGCUGACUGUGUUCUCCAGGUCCCUAUGUCUUGAGAGAAUGUAAACAAGUUUAAGGGACCUUUGCAAUGUUCAUCUUUAAUGGCGUGGGAAGGUUUCAAAUGAAUAAAGUGAGCCUGUUCACACUAACUUGGAUAUUUUGCAAAACAAACUCACAUGUGUGUUACUCUUACAUAUCUCAUUCACAGCUAGCAGAAUUUUGGCUAAAAUAAAUAGUUUUUUUUAAGCAACCCACUAGUUUUUGGGAUGGACUUGACACCCAACGUUUUGCCAUUCUACUAUAUAAAAAAUUUAUUUUUUUUAACUUUUAAAAGAAAUAUAUUAUUUUUGGUUGAGUCAGACUGUGCCGCAGCAGUCAACUUUUUUCCAUUCAUAUUCUACAAUCACUGGUCAACCAAAAAUAUUUCAUAAGUUGCUAUUCAGCUCAUAUUUUGAACAUCUGAAAGAAACCAACUCAAGGUCCUUUCUGACAGACAUUGAAUUCUCAAUUCCCACAAAUUGGGAAACUCUUUCCACUGAAUAUAAGCUAAAGAAAAGUAUGUUAUGGCAUGCCAACAUGAGAUAAUUUUAGACACACCUUAUAGUGGUUUGUCCAACAGUGAUUUAACCAAACGUCCAUCUCCACUUACUUUAAAUUUUCAAGACCGCAGUAAUAACUUAACAUGGAUCUCAUUUGAGCAUAAUGUGUUUGAAGCAAUCAGUCUGGUGGACAAUGUAGGAAGGGAGUCAAAGAUUAAGACGAAAGGUAUCAAAGAUAUCAAUAAACAAUAGAAAAAAUAUUUCCCUAUUGUUCAUUGAGAAGGGUAUAUAUAUUUUAAGUUUUAUAAGGAGUGCAUAUACAAAUGGAAUUUUUUUUUGUUUUGAAUGAUAUUGUUUUCACACUGUCUUUCUACCUUGAGAGAUGCAUUUCUCAUUUUCAAAUCAAAGAUGGGAUGACUUGGGCCUAACUGAAAAACACAUUUAAAGAUCCUAAUUAUGAAAAAAUUGGUUCCAACAAAAAAGAAAUCAAAAGAGAGAUCAGUUUCCAAACUUCUAACAUAACAUUAGCAGCAUAAAACAAUAUUCAAGUGUUUACUCUGCCACUAGUGUGUGAAAAAGCUAUCAAAGUGAAAUGGGAGCAUUGCGAUGGUGGAGAUAUGAGGCAUCAUGUAUAUCUCAGUUAUUACCUGAAGAUUUAUGUUAACUAUGGCAUUUAGACAUGUUUGGAAUAUCAUUCAAUGCUUUUGGCAUUUCCAGGUGCUAAUGUCGUGUUUCCUCUGCUAGGCCAAACUGCCAUCUUUAGACAACAUAUAACUUUUUUUUGUCUUUUUCUGUGAAAGGAAACUUCUUGCUUUAGUUUAUGUAGCAAAAUAUCUUGAUUUAGUUUACCCUGCAAAGCCACUUGGCCAGUGGGACAUAUUGUACUGUAUUUGCUUCAUUAAGUUCACAACUUAUGCGGAACAGAAAAUUGGGCUGCACUUGACUAGGGACUAUGUGUGCUUUUAGGAACACACAAGUAAUCUAUUUUUAAAGAAAACACUUUCUUUAUUUGGGUCUGGUUUCAUGAGACCCUCUGGUUCAACCCAGACAUAACAAAAUAGGGUUUCCAAUAAUAAUAAUAAAAAAAUUCACAGUCUCAUGAGAAUUAUCAGUGAAAAGGAAAAUGGCUUAGUUUCAGAAUUCUUAGACCAUGUUUCUUCCCUGUUGGUUAUGAAUUCCUCUAAGUUUUAAAGCAGAAGUCCUAAAAGUUUGAAUCAAGAAUUUAUCAGCAAGUAUGAGCAGAUUCAGCUAAUUUCUUCCUUACAUAGCACAGGUGGUCUCAGUGAGAUCAUAAUUUAUUUAGAAGAUAAACCAGGAGCCCUUUCUUCAAUAAAUGAGGCUAAAUGUGUGUUGGUCACAGGGCCCUGGGCAUGGAAAAAAGAAAUAAACCACUGAAAUCUUGACAGCACUCUGUAUUGUAUAAUUGAUGCAUGAUAAUGCUGACUGCUUUGUUUAUUUCUGAACUACAUUUUAGUGUGUAAAUUGUGUCUUGUAUUGAAUCUAUAAUUAAACUAUGAACACGAAACUGUAAAUAAAGGUGUAAAAA